ACACGAUCUUUUUACAACGAUGAAACUGAUUCAUUUGGUGCUGUUAUUUGGUUUUGUCGCAACUUUACUCAUAGUUCCAUGUGAAGAAUUGAAUAAUGGAGAAGAUUCGAAGGAAGAUUUAGCGCAUCAAGACGAUGAUGUGAAAGAUGCUGACGAUGAAAAGGAUGAGAUUGAGGAUACAAAUGACGAUAAAAACAGUCCGAAAAAAGAAGAGGAGAGUGAGGUAGCAGACAAGGCUAAUGAUCCAUUGUUGUUCAGUCGCCGACGUUCCUCACGACGUCGUCGAGUUAUACCACGUCGUCGAGUUGUACGACGUCGUCGAGUUGCACGACGGCGUCGAGUUGUACGACGACGAUAUUACAGACGUCGACGACAUUACAGACGUCGGCGACAUUACAGACGUCGACGAUGUUGUUGUUGCUGCAGACGUCGACGAAGAUCUUGGCGCCGACGAAGCUACCAUCGUCGACGAACCUUCCGACGUCGAAGUACCUUCCGUCGUCGAAGCACCUUCCGACGUCGACGAAGUUCUAUAGGUUAAACAUAUCUACAAUGUUUCGCCUAUGUUAUAAUUAAUAUUUUUAGCAGAUAUCCAAGAAGAAUAUUUUCUAAUUAGCAUUUCGACUUGAAUGCCUUUUUUCUGGUGACAAAAAUAUUUAUUAUUUUGUGUAGAUGAAAGAUAGGGUCUUUUUUGACCUACAAAAAUUA